GAGAAAGGGAGUGAGGAAGAGGAGGGGAAGCAAAUGUGAGGGAGGGGGAAGGGGCCAGAGAGGCUCAGGGAGGAGGGAGGCAGUGGUGUGGUCAGGAACGGAGAGGCUGUUUAACUCUGGCAGAGCAGCGAGUAGGAGCCACUGCUCCCCGCCUCCAGCUCUCCCAUUCACUCAUUUGAAAGACUCCGGCUGUGUGGGAGGGGCGGGAGCCUCCCACUCGGAUCCAACGGCUGUGAUUCCCAGUUCCCUUCCCUCUUCCCUCCCUCCUGGACCAACAGCUGUGUGACAUAUGCCGCUGGGCACAGGUUUGUCCGUGUAGGGGGAGCGGCGCACAGCAGGCGUAGCGGGGUAAAUGCCUGAGCUCCUCGCCCUGACAAGAUGUCCCGAGAGUCCUGGAGUCCUUUCCCCCUCCUUGGCCUCUCCGCCAGUCGGGGGUCGCAGGGAGAGGUGCACCGUGGGUAGUCAGGGACGCCAGCCUCCCGAUCGCUUGUGAAGAGCAUGUCCCUGGACUCCAGCCCAGGACUGGAUGCUCCGCGGGGAAAAGCCCAGGCUUCCGGCCUACCGGCCGCCGAGCACCCCUCACCAGUGAGGACGGUCGGGGAGAGGCCGUCUGCCAGCCACAGAUCUGUGGGGGCGAAGCCGCAAGUGCCUCCGAAGCCAACGCACCUCCAUCGCCCUUGGCGGACGGAGCCCAUCCCGCCGGCGCCCUCCCGGCCGCUGCCCGCUGACCCCAGGGGCUCCCCUUCCACUCCCCAGGACGUCCUGAACCCCAGCCUCAGCCCGGCACGAGUCUCCUCCCUCAUUGAGAAGUUCGAACGCGAAAAUAUCCCACUGGGGCCUGAGAUAUGCUGGUCGGGCCUGAGCCCAGCAGAUGGAGGCUGUGUCGCCCCCGGCAACGGGUCAGGCCUGAAGGCCACCAUGGUGGAGCGGCUCAACUCGCUGGAGUCCGGCAUCAGCAUGGACUUCGUGGAGGGUUCGGACGCUGGGAGCGGAGUGGGGCCAGAGGGCGGAGGGGCCUCCUCGUCCUGCUCCUCGGCCUCCUCUUCUUCUUCGGCCUCCUCAUCCUCUUCCUCCAUGCCUCCUCCCUCCGCCCCGUCCAAGAGGCCCAACCGGGACAGUGGCAUCGGCAGCCUCAGCUCUCCAGGCAUUGGCGAUGAGGCAUGUUUCGCUGGCGAGGAGGGCCUGCCUCAGCCCAGGGCCUCUCGCCCCUCUGGCCGUGACUCUGAGGGUGACAGCGACCUGGAGGAGGGGAGCGGGUACGAGGAGAAGGAAGAGGAGGAGGAGGAAGAGGAGUGCAAGGGUGAUCGGGGUGAGGGGGACGGUGGAGUGGCCACUCCCGUGUUCGAGCGGCAGGAUUCGGCUGAGCUGACGAUCCAACAGAAGGUGUACCAGAUCGCCAAUGAGCUGUUGAUCACGGAGAAAGCUUACGUCUCCCGACUGUACCUGCUCGACAAGGUGUUCUGCGCCCGGCUGAUGGAGGAGGCUCGCUGCCGGAACUCUCUUCCCGAGGAGGUCGUCAACUCCAUCUUCUCCAACAUCUGCUCCAUCCAUCUCUUCCACCAGCAGUUCCUGCUGCCCGAGCUCGAGAGGAGGAUGCUGGAGUGGGAGUCGAAACCGAGGAUCGGAGACAUCCUCCAGAAAUUAGCUCCCUUCCUCAAGAUGUAUGGGGAGUACGUGAAGAACUUUGACAGAGCCAUGGAACUGGUGAACAUCUGGGUGGAGAAAUCAGCUCAUUUCAAGUCCACGCUACAAGAUAUCCAGAAGGAUGAGCUGUGCGGAAACCUGACGCUACAGCAUCACAUGUUGGAGCCUGUGCAAAGGAUCCCACGUUAUGAGCUCCUCCUGAAGGACUACCUGAAAAAACUGCCCGAGGAUUCGCCUGACCGCAAGGACUCAGAAAAAUCUCUGGAGCUGAUUUCAACGGCGGCUGAUCAUUCCAAUGCCGCCAUCCGUAAGAUGGAACGGAUGCACAAGCUCCUCAAAGUCUACGAGCUGUUGGGGGGCGAAGAGGACAUUGUGAACCCCACCAAUGAGCUGAUAAAGGAGGGUCACAUCCUGAAACUCUCAGCCAAGAAUGGGAGCACCCAGGACCGAUACCUUAUUCUGUUCAACAAUCGGUUACUGUACUGUGUUCCCAAGCUGAGGCUGAUUGGUCAGAAGUUCAGCGUCCGGGCACGGAUUGACGUGGACGGCAUGGAGGUGAAGGAGACCAGUACACAGAACUCAUGCCGGACGUUCCUCGUUUCUGGAAAACAGCGUUCCCUGGAAUUACAGGCCAGAACACAGGAAGAAAAGAAGGAUUGGAUUCAGGCGAUCCAGGCAACAAUUCGGAGACACGAGCAAACCCUGGAGACCUUCAAAGUGCUAAGCGGUUCACUCAGGGAUGAUGAGACACCUCCCGCGUCGCCAAACACGGAGCUGGGAAAGCGGGCUCCCACUCCGAUCCGGGAGAAGGAGGUCAGCCUGUGCAUGAAGUGCCAAGAGCCAUUUAACUCCAUCACGAAACGCCGGCACCACUGCAAGGCCUGUGGGCACGUGGUGUGUGGCAAAUGUUCCGAAUUCCGGGCUCGGCUGGUGUACGAUAACAACCGCACCAACAGGGUGUGUCGGGAUUGCUACGAGGUUCUGCACGGAUCGCCAGCGGGAACGCCACAGCGGGCAUCGUAUUCCCAACGGAGGAAGUCCAUCCUGGAGAAACAGGCCUCGGUGGCAGCAGAGAACAGCGUCAUCUGCAGCUUCCUGCAUUACAUGGAGAGGGGAGCCAAGGGCUGGCACAAGGGCUGGUGUGUCAUCCCGGAGAAUGAGCCCCUCGUGCUCUACAUCUACGGAGCCCCUCAGGACGUGAAGGCUCUCCGCAGCGUCCCGCUAAUCGGCUUCGAGGUGGGCACCCCGGAUCCCGGAGAGAAGACGGAACGUCGGCACUCUUUCCUCAUGUCGCAGAGCCACCUCACCCUGCACUUCAGCGCCGAGUCUGAGGACUUGCUGCAGCGCUGGGUGAACGCCCUGUCUCGGGCGGCGCGGGGCGAGGCAGAGGGGGGCAGCGGCACCGAUGGACAGCUGGCAGAGCAGGGGCCGUGGGACCACAGCGGAUCCCCUCCUGGACUGAGCCAAACCCCCAGCACCUAACGGGACCGUCUCAACCACCUCCAUACUUGAAAAGAAGCGCACUUUUUAUUGUUUUUUUUCGAUUUUCCUUUUUAAUAUUUUUUAGAUAAUAUUUUAUAUAUUAUAUAUUAUAUCAAAGGUUAUAUAUGUAAGGGUUUAGGAACUUUAAACCCCACCCCUAUCACCAGAGGAGGAGGGGAAAGGUGGGAUUCCAACCCCUCUCUCGCUGUCCCGGGAAGAGGGUUCUGUUUUGGCAGGGGUGGGUGGGCCUGGGAGAGGGUGUUGGAGGGGAGGGGGGAUUCGGACGCGAGACUGGUUUUAGUCGCGAGAAAGUGUUGAUGUCGCUGUUUGGGUUUUCUGCCCUCCUCCCUCCUACCCUGCCUCCUCCAACCCUCAUCUUUCUCCUCCUCUCCUCCAUCCUAUCCUAUACCCUUCCUUCCUCCUACCUACCCUCCCUCCUCCAACCCUCGUCUCCUUCCUCCUCCUCUCUUCCCUCCUACCCUGUACUCUUCCCUCCACCCUUUCUUCUCCCUCCUCCUCUCCUCUCUCUCUCUGACCCUGUACCCUUCCCUCCACCUACCUAGUGUCUCUCCCUCCCUGUCCCCUCCUUGCUUCCCUCCCCCAUCCUUGCUUUCGUUAUCCCCCUCCUCUCCUCCACCAUCUCCCUCCAACCCUCGCUACUCCCCCUCCUUCCUUUCCUCGCUACUCUCCUCCCUCCUCUCUCCACUCCUCCUUCCUCCAUCUCCCUCCCUCCUCUCCUCUCACCCUGCUUCUCUCCUUUCCUUCCCCCUCCACCCUCCCCCCUGCCCUCCCCGCCCUUCCCUCCCUCCUACCCCCUCCCAGACACCUCUCAGUCAGUCCUACCCUUCUACCCCUUUCCUCCCCUUCUCCACCUUUCCUCCCCUUCUCCACCUUCCUAUCUCCCCUCUUUCCCUUCCGCAUUCCUUUACCUCUCACUCUCUCCGCCUUGCCCACUGCCUAUCGCUCCCUCUUUCCUAUGCCCCACCCUAAACAAAACCCUUCUUGCUCUCCCUCUUCCCCUCCAUCCCGUCCCUUCCCCUCCAUCCUGCCCCUCCCCCUCCCUCCCUCCCAUUCCUUUCCUUAACCUCACCUGCCUCUCUUGCCCUCUGUCGAUUUCGUACCCCCUUCCCCUGCUCCCUGUUCCAAUCUCCCCCCUCGCCCCCUCCCCUGUGGAAGUGGCUGGCCCCACUUGCAGGGCAUUGUGUCCGGAAGCCUGUGCUAACGUAUAAAAAUUCUUUUUACUCUGC